CAUUAUGAAUCAUAUCCUUCUGAAGAAAUCUUUCACAUUGAUCGCAUUCACAGUCCAUCUCACAAGUUCGCUUCAGCCAGCCCGCAAAAUAGCCAACAUUACUCGCAAUCAUCUGUCGAUCAAUAGCAGCCUUGAAACGGCAACACCGUCAAGUCCGAGCAAAAUGAGCACCGAAUUCAUCGGAAAAGACGGAGAGAACGGUUCCCAUUCCAAGAAAGACGUGAUAACUUUCUCCUCGAGUUUUCUUCCCGACCCGAGGGGUGAUGAUCGGCAGCAGCAACCCGAAGCAACGCGAACGGCACUUAUUGUUUUGAACUAUAAAAUUCCCAACAAGAGCGUGCUGCUGGAGCACCUGUGGAAAACGAGUGGCACCCGGAUCGCAGCAGAUGGCGGGGCAAACCGACUCUACCAAUACUCGAAGGACCUGAUUCCUGAUCGGAUACGCGGCGACCUCGAUUCCCUGGAUCCCGAUGUUCGGGCCUAUUACGAAGGACGUGACGUAUCCGUGGAACAAGAUUUCUGCCAGGACACCAACGACCUCGACAAGGCCCUGCAGGCGUUGGUAGACGCUGAUGGCAACGACAGCAGCUCGCCCUCUUCCAUCAACCGUGUUGUCAUUUACGGUGCCUUUGGAGGUCGGUUCGACCAGGAAAUGGCAAGUUUCGCUGCGCUCUACAAAUGGGCACCCUUGUUCGACGGGCAGAUCUAUCUGUAUAGCGACGAGACGUUUGCCUUUUUGGUCCCGGCCAAAAAAGAGUGCCAGAUCCUGCUGCCCUUUUACGACUCCCACGUUCUCGGAGAUGGUGAGCAACCAGAAAUGGGGGAGGGCCCGACCUGCGGACUGAUACCACUUGGGUGUCCCUGCGAGUCGAUCAUUACCUCGGGACUGAAAUGGGAUUUAGACGGGAGCAUGCCGCUGGAGUUUGGGGGACUCGUGAGCACUUCGAACCACGUCAUGAAACCUAUCGUGACGGUUUGUGCGAGCCAUCCGUUGGUGUUUACCGCGGAACUCGCAUCCAAACGGACAUUAUAACGACGUAACAAAUACAAAGCACCGCGUUGCAAUACAAAUCGAUAAGAACCGCAUAGAAUAGAAUAAAGCCGACCAA